AUGGCAACAUCAAGUCUUCCUGAGAAGAUGAAAGCUCUUACUCUAGAGAAUGGGGUUUCGAAAAUCCAAACUAUUGCAACGCCUCCACUUCGACCCACGUAUCUUCUUAUUAAGGUGCAUUCGGUUGCUCUUAAUCCCACUGACUGGAAACACAUCGCCGGCACCCGCGGCCACGGCCCCCUCGCCAUAAGCGGCUGCGACUACGCCGGAACCAUCCUUCAAGUCGGCAACGAAGUAACCAAAUCAUUUACCGUCGGCGAAAAAGUCUACGGCUGCGUCCACGGCUGCAACUUCAGCGAGAUGUACGAUGGUGUAUUCGCCGAGUACGCCGCCGUCAAAGGCGACGUAGCCAUGAAGCUCCCCUCGAACGUCAGUUUUGAAGACGCUUCCACCGUCGGUCUAGGAAGUAUGACUGUCGCCCAAGGCCUGUUCCAAAAGGGCCUGGGCAUUGGUCUUGAAUUCCCCGGUGAAGGAGAUGGAAAGGGUGAGUGGUUGUUGAUUUACGGCGGAAGUACCGCGACUGGGACUUUGGGUAUCCAAUUCGCAAAGGCGGCGGGGUAUAGAGUCAUUACGACUGCUUCCCCUCGGAAUUUCGAGUUAGUCAAGUCUCAUGGCGCGGACGAGGUGUUCGACUAUAACGACGCUCAAUCGGCCUCAAAAAUCCGCGAGCUCACGGCAAACAAGCUGAAAUACGCUUGGGAUACCAACGGCGACGACGCAUCUGCUCAGUUCUGCGCCGACGCGCUUUCGAGCGACGAAGCGAAGAACUAUGGAACGAUCCUCGCUAAUAAGUUUCCGAGGAGCGAUGUGAAGUAUACGCGGACUUUUAUGUAUACGAUUUUUGGGGAGACGUUUGAGAAGGGGGGGCGGGUUUAUGAGGGGAGCAGGGAGGAUUUUGAGUUUGCGAAGAAGUGGGCGGCGUUGUCGGAGAGGAUGUUGGCGGAUGGAAAGCUGGUGCCGCAUCCGGCGAAGGUUGGGAGUGGUGGGUUGGAGGGUGUUAGAGAGGGACUGGAUGACUUGAAGAAUGGGAGGGUCUCUGGCAAGAAGCUGGUGUACAAUUUGGAGUGA